AUGGAUACUGUUCUCGACACUGCAGAAAACGGGAAAGAAAGCAGUAAAAACCGUAAGGAGGACAUUGAUCAUGAUCACCCUCAGAUGAUCAAUAUCCAAGCAGAUAAUUCUAACACUAUCAUCUCCCGCCAAAAUCCAAGCGCUUCUAAUUCUCCACAAGAUUCGUCACCGAAAUCAGUAGUGACCGAAAAAGAAUUAGUCUUGGAAUCCCCUAACCGGUCGCCUAAAGAAUUAGUCUUCCCUGACUUACUUGACCAUACCAAUUCAUCACCACUAGACUUUAGUCCUCAGUUCACGCCGGUCCUCCAAUCGCCUCGGGUUCAGGCCUCGGCCUCGGCCCGGCCUUCUGGCUACGACCCUAGUCGGAUCCCGGCCUCGAUUUUCUCGAAGCCUUCGACGCCGAGGGAAUGGAGCAUGGCCUCAAACGAGUCAUUGUUUAGCAUUCAUGUUGGGAACACAAGCUUCUCAAAAGACCAAUUCUUCAUGAUGUACAAGUCUGGGGAGUUGCCCAAGCUUGACGACUUCAACUUUACAUCUUCUACUACAUUGCCUCGUCUUAGUGGGACAAAUAGUGGUGAGAUUAAGAAAAUGAAUUUCGAAAGUGGCUUGGGAGUUAAUAACAAAGAAUUAGUAACGCCAGAAAACAAAACCACAAAGGCAAAGGAUCACAUGAACAACUACUCUGUCGGUGUUGGUGUCUCUUCUUACCGUCCUGAUGGGGCCUACAGGAGCAAUCGCUCUUUCCAAUUCCCUGCGUAA